CUCACACACACACACACACACACACACACACACACACUUCCCUUGCAAUAUACUUCACCAUCUCCAUCGUCUCUCCAAGAACACCAAUCCCACAGAUCACUACCUGCCACCCACCACCCACCACUCCAUUUCCGAACAAAUCAAAAACCCCCAAUUUUUAUUUUUUUUGAUUUCAUAAUUUCAAAUCGUUCAUAUGCUGCCACCCAAAAUCUCUCAAAACCCCAGCACCGGACACAACUGCAACGACUCCGAUUAGAUGGUUGAGCCGCCGUCGACGCCCUCGUCGAGCCCACCGUGCUGUUGGCGGAGAUCGUGGUGGGCCUCUCUGUACCCUACAAACAACCACCAUCCCCACCGCCGCUGGAUCCCCUCCGCCACCACUUUCUUCUCCACCAAUAACACCGUCCUGACCGCCCUCUUCCUGGCCUUCUUCUUCACCGUCUUUUACUGGCAGAAGGAAGCCACCGCCGGCGGACUAGCGAUUUUCCGUCGCCCAUUUCCCUCGCGGCAGGUCCCGAAGCUACGGCACGCGGCGUUUAACUUGACCGAUUUUGGAGGGGUGGGCGAUGGCAUCACUCUCAACACGGCGGCGUUCGAGCGGGCGGUGGUGGCUAUUUCCAAACUCCGGAAUAAGGGUGGCGGUCAGCUCAACGUGCCGCCCGGCAAUUGGCUGACGGCGCCGUUCAAUCUCACUAGCCAUAUGACUCUCUUCCUCGCUGAGGGUGCUGUUAUUCUCGGCAUUGAUGAUGAAAAAUAUUGGACUCUCAUGCCUCCAUUGCCCUCUUACGGGUACGGGAGAGAGCAUCCCGGACCACGAUACGGAAGUUUAAUCCACGGCCAACAUCUUAAAGAUGUUGUUAUUACAGGUCAUAACGGCACCAUUGACGGUCAAGGUCAAACUUGGUGGACGAAGUAUCGACAGAAGCUUCUUAACCACACAAGAGGACCGCUUGUGCAGAUUAUGUGGUCCAGAGACAUUGUGAUAUCUAACAUAACAUUGCGUAAUUCUCCUUUCUGGACCCUUCAUCCGUAUGACUGCAAGAAUGUCACCAUAAAGAAUCUUACUAUACUUGCACCCGUCUUUCAAGCACCAAACACCGACGGCAUCGAUCCCGAUUCGUGUGAAGAUAUGGUGAUUGAGGACUGCUAUAUAAGCGUGGGAGACGAUGGUGUGGCAAUAAAGAGUGGUUGGGAUCAAUACGGUAUUACUUAUGGACGACCUUCGAGGAAUAUUCUCAUCAGAAACCUUGUUGUUCGCUCCAAUGUCAGUGCGGGAAUAUCAAUAGGCAGUGAGAUGUCGGGCGGGGUAUCAAACAUAACGGUAGAGAACGUCCACAUAUGGAACUCCAGGCGUGCAGUCCGAAUCAAGACAGCCCCCGGUAGAGGAGGGUACGUUCGUGACAUCACGUACCGAAAUCUCACGUUCGAAAACUGUCGUGUCGGAAUAGUCAUUAAAACGGAUUACAAUGAGCACCCGGACGGGGGUUUCGACCCCAACGCCUUUCCUAUACUAAAGGACAUAAGCUACACAUCGAUACACGGAGAAGGAGUUAGGGUUCCUGUGCGUAUUCAGGGGAGUUCGGAGAUUCCGGUGAUGAACGUCACUUUCCGGGAUAUGUCGGUCGGAGUGACGAACAGGAAGAAGCAUAUAUUCCAGUGUGCUUAUGUGCAGGGUAGCGUGAUGGGGACUGUUUAUCCUGCUCCUUGUGAGAAUCUUGAUCUGUACGACGAGUUGGGGAAUUUGGUGAGGAGAUCUACUUCGCAGAAUAGCUCGGAUAUUGAUUAUGAUUUUUGAAAAUUUAUUUGGCGGCCGAUGUUUUUUUUUCGCGGGGGUCGUUUUUUCUGGUAUGUUCUUGAUAAGCCAUAACAGUUCUAAAGAACAGGGCUGUUAAUUUGUGAUAUUUUUUCUGUAAACCUUUUUUUUUUCCUCACUGUGAUAUUUUUUUUCUUCUCUAUGUAUGUAUAUAUAUAUAUAUACACGAAUGUUAUGCUGACACGUUUGCAGAAUUAAAGUGUAAUAUAUGUAGACAGGCUUUUUUACCUU